AUGACCAAGGGAACGUCCAGCUUCGGAAAGCGCCACAACAAGACGCACGUCCUGUGCAGACGCUGCGGCCGCCGCUCUAUGCACGUCCAGAAGCACACCUGCGCCAACUGCGGAUACCCAAGCGCCGGCAUUAGAAAGUACAAUUGGGGUGAGAAGGCCAAGCGGAGAAAGACCACCGGCUCCGGCCGCAUGCGAUCGCUCAAGCUCGUCCCACGCAAGUUCAAGAACGGAUUCCAGCUCGGUACGCCAAAGGGCGCUCGCGGCCCAGCCAACCAGUAA